UCUAAACGCGCGAGUGUGGAGGACGGAAUCCCUUUCUGUUCGGCGCCGUGCUCGCGCGCACCCACCCGCACCGCACGCCGCCUUUUCCUCCGCCCGGCUGCUCCCACUGGGCGAGAUCCCCCUUCGCUUUUCCUUUCCUCUUUUCCCCGCGCAUGCACGGGCUCUGAUUGACGCCAUGGGGGACGCCGCCGCCGCCGCGGCAUCCACGUCCGCUCCCGCCACGCCCACCUCCAUCCUCAUCUGCCGGGAGGACGGCAGCGACCUUUUCGCCGACGCCGACGAGGGCGGCGCCGGCGCUGACCUCGUCGUCGCCCGCGACGACCGCCUCCUGGUCGUGGACCAGGACGACGAGUAUGUCGCGGUGCUCCUGUCCAAGGAGAGCGCUUCCGCCGCCAGCUGCGGCGAAGUCCUGGCGGAGGAAAUGGAGGAGUGGAUGAAGGCCGCGCGCUCCGGGUGCGUCCGCUGGAUCAUCAAGACGACGGCGAUGUUCCGGUUCAGCGGGAAGACCGCGUACGUCGCGGUGACGUACCUCGAUCGCUUCUUGGCGCAACGGCGAGUCAAUAGGGGGCAGGAGUGGGCGUUGCAGCUGCUCGCGGUGGCGUGCCUGUCGCUGGCGAGCAAAGUGGAGGAGCACCACGCGCCGCGGCUGUCGGAGCUCCGGCUGGACGCGUUCGAGUUCGACAGCGCGUCCAUCCUGCGGAUGGAGCUCCUCGUCUUGGGCACGCUCCAGUGGCAGAUGAUCGCCGCCACCCCGUUCCCCUACAUCAGCUGCUUCGCGGCGCGGUUCCGUCAGGACGAGCGCCGGGCGAUCGUCCUCCGCGCCGUCGAGUGCGUCUUCGCCGCGAUCAAAGCGAUGAGCUCGGUGGAGUACCAGCCAUCCACCAUCGCCGUAGCAUCCAUCCUCGUCGCGCGCGGCAACGACGAGACACCCGCCGCCAACCUGGACGAGCUCAAGGCGAUCCUGGGCUCGUCAUGGCCGCAAUUAGACACCGGGCAUGUGUACUCCUGCUACAGCGCGAUGGCUCAGGAGGAGGACAAGUCGUGGAUGCACUCGGCGGAGGUGGCGUCCUCGGGCGUCUCUGUCGCCGCGCACGCCGGGAGCCCGGACGCCUCCGUGGGCACCAAUAAUGCGGCUGGCACCGCCCCGCCGGCAACCCCGGACAACAACAAUAAGAGGAGACGGUUGCGCUCACCUCAGCGCCAGUAGGAGCCUCUGCUGCCUGCUGGGCAGUGGAGUCCAGCUGCGUUUUCAGCUCACUAUUUUUCUUUCGUUGAAUGAACGAAUUCAGAUUUCAGGCUGCUGGUGAUUGUUUCUCAGGGGAGGCCAACCGGAUGCCCGAAUCCAAAUGGGGGCAAGGGCAAGAUUUGAUUCUUCUGAUUACUGGCAAUUGUCACAGGGUGGUUUGGUAAUUUAGGAUUGGGAAGAUUUUUGGUUUUGAGGAGAUCUUUCCCGGGAUCAAAAGGUAGUGUAGAGAGGAGAGAAGAAAGCUGAAACAGAAGUGAGAAAGCUCUUGCUCAAAGUGAGAAUACCUCAGACCUCACCGAGGUACUGAUGUCUGAGGUGAAAGUGAAAAGCUAGGAGUCAAGGAGUGGGGAGUCAUUUUUUUUUGUGUGUGUGAAUACUGUCUGUACCAGCUACUCAGUCUGUCUGUCCUCUAUCCUUUUCUGUUUAAUAGCCUGUCACUGCAUCAGCGACAAUAGUUAACCAGAUACCAUUUCACA